UCUGAUUGUGAUUCAUCUUUUAAAUUAUUAAGUAGGGAAAUACCCGUUAUUUUAUUAAAAAGUAUAUAAGAACUGAUAGUAAGAAUAUAUGAACAAGUCACUUCUGACAUUAAUUUGUAAUAUAUAAAUCACUUUUACUGGUACAUUCUUUUAUUUUUAAUAAAAUAAAAUUAAGAAUUUAAUCAGCUUAUUUUAGACAUACAUUGUUAGAAUAUAAAUUUGAUGACAAAAUGAAUAUGUAUGUAAGACCUCCUGAUCCUUUAUCUGAUAAUGGAGAUAUUACUCAAAAUUGGAAGCAAUGGAAGAAAGAUUUUAUGAUAUUUAUGAAUGUAAGUAAUUCGAUGGAUAAACCAAAAGAACAACAAGCUUAUCUUUUAAGAAGUUAUAUAGGAAAAAUUGGUCAAAAUGCUAUAGAAAAAAUUGUUUCAACCAAUUUGAAAGAAAGAGAUGAUAUAAAUAUAUUAUUAGCAAAACUUGAUAAAUAUUUUUGUCCUUCUAAAAAUGAAGUUAUUGAAAGAUAUAAUUUCUUUAAUUCAAGAAAAAAAAAAGAUGAAUCUAUUGAAACUUAUAUCACUCAGUUGAAGAGUAAAGCAAAAACUUGUAACUUUGGAAAAAUGACAGACAGUUUAAUUAGAGAUAAAAUAAUUAUGGAAAUCAAUGAUAAACAUCUAAGAACAAAAAUUUUUAAUACAGAAAAUCUCAAUUUAUUAAUAUUAAUACAAAUUUUUAAUGAGCAUCAAAAUUUGCAAAAAAAAAAAGAAGAAAAUAAGACAAAAAAUGAUACAAAAAAUGAUAAUGCAUCUUUUAAAAAUACACCUAAAAUUGUUAAAAAUUUUGAUGAAAAGACUAAAAGUUCAAAUAAUAAUGAAAAAUCAAUAAACAUACAAAAUAAAAGGAAUUGUAAAAAAUGUAACCAAAGACAUCCUAUGAAAGCUUGUCCUGCUUGGGGUUUGAAAUGUGAAAAAUGUGGCAUAUACAAUCAUUAUACUAAUUGUUGUCCAACUCAAUUUAAUGAAAAAAAAAAACAAAAAUCAAAUAUUACUGAUAAUGUGAAUUUACAAAAUGAAAAUUUACAGAUUCCUAGUGCUCCAUCACUUUUGGAUAUUGAUCCCAGAUUGUACCCAAAUUUAGAUCAUAUAAAAAUGUCUCAAGAAACAAUGAACACAUGUAGUCAACAUAGAAUUUCAUCGACAAAUUCAUGGUCAUGGAUGGAGAAUAAGCAUAAAAUGACUAAUGAAAAUUUACAAAAUAAUAAUAUUCCAUUGCCUUCAAUAUCAAAUAUGAAUACCGGAUAUGAAUAUAAUAUGAAAGUUCCUGAAGUAGACAAAGAAAGCACUAGUAACAUUGAUAUAUAUAAAUGUCGAAUAUCAUAGAAAAACAUGUAAGAUAUUUUAAUUAUAUUAAUGUAUAACUUAAUAUUUUUUAUAUAAUAUGAU